ACUAUAACAACGAACAAUAAGCUCUUUUUUUCGUCUGUCCACGCGGGCGGAAGUUUCUAAUUUGCGCAAACUUGCGCGGCGUUGACAGGAUUCACUCCUUCGUGGGACACGAUCCCGGGCUUUUGGGGGUUCUCACAAACAUUCAUUGAAAAUUUAAAUUGACCCGAUUGCCUGAAUCGAUGUGUCUGAUAAGUAAUGUCUCACAUCGCACCGCUAUUAUUUAGCGGUUCCGGAACUUGUCGGUGUCGGUUGCGAGGAAACUCAUCCCGCUCGUUCCUGGGCAGGUGAAUAACAUGGCAACGGCGAUGGAUAUGUCAGAUACUGCGAAGAGUAUGGAUACAGGCAACAUGGUUGACAUGGGCGAUUCCCAAAUGUCGAUGACUUUCUUCUUCUCAUCCACGACGUCACUCUUUUCAAAAGCAUGGACGCCUACCAAUUCAGCCGAAUAUGCUGGUACUUGCAUCUUUCUAGUUGUUCUGGCGGUUAUCAUGCGCUUCAUGCUAGCGCUGAAACCUGUUCUCGAGAAGUCGAUAUGGAAUGCAGUUGUCGGAUCCAGGGGACAGCUGAUACCGAACGAUGAAGCUGGCUAUCAAAAGGGAGACAUGGCGACUCGACCACCUCUCAUGCGCGUUUAUGGCGAUAUGCGAAGGCGUUGGGCAGCAUGGAGAUUCAAGACUAGUCUCAGCAGGGCAUCUUUCGAGCUCUCACUAGCGACUAUUGGGUAUUUGCUGAUGCUUGCAGUUAUGACGAUGAAUGUUGGAUACUUCUUAGCCGUCCUAGGUGGUCUUUUCCUCGGAACAUUCAUUGUUGGAGAUUUGGCGGCGGACAAUUCCUUGUAUCAAGAUCAUCAUUGCUGAUUAAUGAUGAUAUACUGCGGUGAGAUGGAGGCGAUGAAUAAUAGGUUACUUGACGGCCCGGGUGGACUAGACGCAUAAUGUUGUAAUGUACUGUAUAUACGUUUGAUCUGAUAUAUCGUUGAAGAUAUUAAACGAGUUUGAUGAGUCUUUUCUGUGUCGUCAUGCAUCUACAAUAUCACUUAUCAUUUUCUGGAAAACUUACUCUAGGAAGUUUCCUUCACGACAUAAUUCAAUUGCGGGAGGCUGGGAGUAGAUUUCAAUAUGUUGGCUCCCCCUGAUUCUGUCUGACGUGGCUUAUGCUGUACGACCCAGGAUGGUAGCAACAAAGCGACAUGAUUGAUGUAGAUUGCCGUCCAUAACCUGGAACAGAUAUAGUUUUCAACCGUGACAUGCCGUCACCGGUCGACGCAGACGACGUAACGAGCGGGAUGUUGC